AUGGCAGCAGCCUCGACAGAUUCGGGACAGGGUUCCUCCAAAAUUACCCCCGAAGUGCUGCGGGAGAUGCUCCAGUUCUACAACCUGAGCCGCCAGGAGUUCAUCAACACUUACAACAUCCAGCCGCUCGUCUACAUUCCCGAGCUGCCGUACAGCGCCAAGACCACCUUCGUCAUCAUGUAUGUGGUGAUCUUCGUCCUGGCGCUGGCCGGAAACAGUCUGGUCAUCUACAUAGUUCUGAAGAAGCGGGCGAUACAGACAGCCACGGACAUCUUCAUCUGCUCCCUGGCGGUCAGCGACCUCCUCAUCACUUUCUUCUGCAUACCCUUCACUUUGUUACAGAACAUCUCGUCUGAAUGGUUUGGAGGGGUUCUCGUUUGCAAGACAGUUCCUUUUGUGCAGACCACAGCCAUAGUGACAGGCAUCCUGACAAUGACCUGCAUCGCCAUUGAAAGAUACCAGGGCAUCGUCUUCCCUCUGAAAAUGAGGCGGCAGUACUCGUCUAAACGAGCGUACAAGAUGCUUGGGCUUGUAUGGAUUGCUUCUGUAAUAGUGGGUUCACCGAUGCUAUUUGUGCAGCAGCUAGAGGUGAAGUAUGACUUUCUGUACGAUCACUACCACGUGUGCUGUCAGGAGAGUUGGAGUUCGCUGACCUACAGACAGGCGUACACCACCUUCAUCAUGGUGGCUCUGUUCCUGCUCCCUCUGGCAGCCAUGCUGUUCCUCUACACACGCAUCGCUAUUGAGCUGUGGAUUCGCAAGCGGGUGGGCGAUGCGUCGGUCCUGAAUACCAUGAACCACAGGGAGAUUGGCAAGAUCUCCAGGAAAAAGAAAAGAGCUGUGAAAAUGAUGGUCACAAUCGUCUUGCUAUUCACCAUUUGCUGGGCUCCUUUCCACACAGUCCACAUGCUGUUUGAGUACAAUGAUCUGGAAAAGAAGUAUGAUGGCGUCACCCUGAACAUGAUCAUCGCCAUUGUUCAGGCCAUUGGAUUCUUCAACAGCUUCAACAAUCCAAUCGUGUAUGCCUUCAUGAAUGAGAACUUCAAGAAGAGCUGUGUUUCUACCCUCUCCCACUGUCUCCGUAAACCGAACCAUCAGGGUGCCGCCACAGUCGCUCCGAGACUAAGCGUGCAGUUCAUCAAACCACAAAGCAGAGAAGCCUUCGUGAACGCAGAUGAAGACAACAGCUCAGAGCAGCACUCGGCAGAGAGGGGAGCUUCAUGCUCAUCGCACAGAGAGAGCUCCCUGGGAAUUAUUGGAGAGAAAAUUUCAACCAUCCAAACUGAGCUCCCUCCGAACAGCUCUUCUCAAGUCAAAUAAAACGUUCAGGUGCUUUCGAUUUGCAAAUCUGCUGUUUGCGAUCAUCAGCUGCCACAGAAUUAGAGCAGCUUUGAGAACGUGGCAAAUACAAAGACUUGGAGCUCCAUAGCCUUUCUGCAUCCUCUGCAGUGCCAGGAGCCAGAGAACCAGUGUUUAAAGCAGUCAGAACGUAUAAUGAAUUUUAUUGUAAAUAGAUGCAGCAACAGAAUCCGUACUGAGACACUGAAACGACUGUUUGCGAUUAAAACUGAGAAUUUAUUUGUGCUUUAGAUGGAAUCUAAAACGUCAUGUUCACUGAGCGUUUAAUGACGUUUUAUCAUGAAUGAGCCACAACUGCAGUACUUUCUGUGGUUUUCUGCUACAGCAGCAACUACUCAGAAAUGUUAAUCAAAAACACACUGCAGUGUCAUGCUUGUAGCAUGAAACUGUGGCUGCUCUUCUGCUUCAAUCAUUAAUUUGUUUUGUUGUGCAAAAGCUGAAGUCACUUUAGCUUAUUAUGCACAAGCUAAGGUGCAUAAGCUAAAGUGCACUUUAUUGCUAGCCAGAAAAAAAAACCAUCUGCAGAGAUUUAAUAAUAUGACUGGAAUUUAUUACUGUUUAAAUUCUAACUGAAUGUACUUUUUUAAAGUCAGAUGCACAUCAUUUGCUACAGGACUGCAACUCAACUUGUUUAAGGUCUAACUCAGUGACAAAAGAUUUUGAAUUCCCAUGCAAAGUUUUUUGUUUUUUAACUCUGACAGUUAGCAGAAGCAACCUGUAGAUGACAGUUCCCUUGUUUUUUCCAGGGGGUGGGGGGGUAGCCUUGUGACUGCAAGUGCAUCUCAUUAAAUUGGGAGAUCAUCAGCAGGUUAAUGUUUCACUAACUUGUAAUGAAAAAUUUAUAUUUAUUACACACAAACUAAUAUUGAGGAUUAUGGCUUUCAACUGAUAAAAAUCCAAAACUUAGUCUCCCAGAAAUUUCAAAUAUUACAGCAAUAAAAACAGCAAACAUUUUAACACAAAUGUCAACCUACUGAAAAGUAUGUCCUUGUACUGAACAGUUUAUGUAUACAUAAGUUUCCUUAUGUAUGGACCUAACGGUCCUUAAGGUUGCCAAGUCCUGCUGAAAAAUGAAAUAUGCAUCCAACAAAGUUCAUCAGAAGAGGGAAGACUGACGUGAUUGAACAUUUCCUGAUAGACAACUGCCCUGACUUUGGAUUUGAUAAAACAAAACUUUUCCUUUUUUUCCUCCCACUAAAAUAUUAGUAGGCUUGGUCUUAUGUAAUGCUCCUUCUAUAGACAAAUAUUUGUAAUUUUCAUUAGGAGAAAGCCAUAUUCAUCAAAAGUAACAGAAACAAUAUGCAUUGCAAGAUACAGCAUGCAAUGCAUAUUGAUCUAGAAUUCAAUUUUUUAACUUAAAUAUUCUAACUUAUUGAGCUGCACAUUGCAUAAUAUGAAAAUAAAAUCUUUGAUGUGAACUAUUGUGAAAAAUGUAUAUGAUUAUGUUUGAUAAUUUACACCUAAAGUUCUGACCUUGACAUAAAUCUCAUCUCACAGUCUACUGAUGUCUAUUUUGCUAAUAAAAAACGAGAUAGCUGGUAACAGAUGCCUUGUUUCAGUCAGAUUAUUACCAACAAGAGUAGUCCGGACCUCAAGAAAACUAUUAUUUACUGUGCAAUUUAUUAUUGGUGCUGAAAGAGUAUUCCCUUGGGGUCUUUUGUUUGUUUGUUUGUUUUGUUUAUAGAGGAAAUUGCUGUUUAAAUUGCAGAUUCGUGGCAGUGUUGUUGCUUUCAGGGAGGGUGUAGUUCUCAUAUGCUCUAAGCCCCUUCAGUUGUUUACAAAAAUGAAGCUCUUACAUUUUUCACAAAGCAUUUCUAACCCGAUGGGAUGGGAGGUUAAAAAUGUCGUUGCCACUUUUCUUUGAAAAUGGCAAUGGCUAGUCUUCAGAGCAAAGAUGGCAGUAACCAGUGCAAAACAUUUACAUAUUUUUUAUCAUUUAAAUGCUUCAGGCUAAACUGAUAACUGACUUUACGUAAUCUUUUUGAGUCAUACUUUAGCCAUUUAUAACUCCCUGUGAUUUAAAGAAAUGCCAAGAGGCACUCAAGAUGCACGAGUGACCUUAUAUCAGGUUUUAAUAAUUUUCACUCAAAUGUUAAGUGAUGAUACCGUUUGAAAUGGUAAUUAAGAAUGUAUGAUUUUCUCAUUCUAUUACAGACUGAUUGGUUUGUUUAUUUUUGAUACAUUUAAAGUUGUGUUUGCAGUGCAUUGUAAAAGUAUUCACACCCCAUGACAUUUGAAGCAUGCGUUACAUUACAAUGUAACGCAUGCUUACAAUUUUAUGUGAUAACGCAACACAAAGGACUCAACACAAAGGAAAGGUAACACACACUGAUGCCUAAGGGCAAUUUAGAAAGACUAGUUAACAUGACAGUCUAAGUUAAAUCAUUGAAAUUAAUCUGACUUGCACAAAUAUGUUUUUAACAUUUUUCUUUUAGAUUUUCUUGACCAAACUGUGGGGCACUGUUCCUGGUUUGUGCUACCCAAAUAUUGUCCUACACAUUACCAACUGUGUAGCAUUAUAAAAUCAAAAGUUACAAUUUUGAUUGUUUAUUGAAUUUUGCAAUAAAAGACAUUACCUUUCCUAA